CCCCUGUCCUUCACUGGUAGCUUAUCCGUUCGCGUUCUCCACCACCGGGCGUAAGCACCGCCGGUGGACGAGCCAAGGCGUCCCGGGCGUUGGCUGCGAUGGGCGUGGUCGAGGUGAAGAACGGAGGCGCCGGUACCAGGGGAGGAUGGGGGCGACAGAGCGUCGCGGAAGGACGGCGGCACCGGUACCAGGGGAGGAUGGGGGCGCCGGCACGUUGCAGCGGCCGUUCGCUACGUCCCACAUGGGCGAGGCGAGGGACGGUGGCGCCGGUCGUAGGGGACGACCGGGGCGCCAACAGUUGGCGAACUCGGAGCCACGCGUUCCCUCACCGGCUUCUUCUACGGCAGCAGUGCCAGCACCAUGGGCCAGCGGUGUCUGGAGCUGCCCUUCCGCUACACCAGCCUCUCGGGGGACCGACGUCGCGCUCCGCUCGGCGCCUCCUUCACCUUCCUGUCCAACCACCACCUACCCGUCGAUCUUCUCGACUCUUGCAACGGCCUCCUCCUCUGCCGCUCUUACUACGUCUCCCAUGCGGUCGCCCCGUUCCGUUACAUCGUCUGCAACCCCGCCACCGACAAGUGGGCUGUGCUGCCCAACUCCGACAAGGAUAGCAGGAAGGUCGCCACCACGUCUCUGGGCUUCGACCCAGCCGCAUCACCGCAUUUCCAUGUGUUUGAGCUGGUAGUCGAGCACAAUUAUAGUCGAGACAUCGAGCUUUGCGGAGUGGCGGUGUAUUCGUCUGAAACCGGAGAGAGUGGAUUUACAAGGACAAGACAUGGAACAGAACUGCUCGGGACUCCUCCGCCGCGGUCUUUCUCGAUGGCCUUCUAUUUUUUAGUACCCUUGACCUUGAAUAUCAUGAUUGCGUAGCUACGGUGGACACCAAGGGGGAGACAUGCCUGAUAUGCAGGAUCCCUGGUGGUCAGGCUCAUGAUUUUGGUUAGGCUGAUGGUUUUGUUCAGCAGGUGUUACUCAGGGGUUGUGAUGGUCAGUUUGAUGAUUUUGGUUUGGCUCAUGCUUUUAUUCAGCGCUCGCAGGGCUCCUUGCAUUUUGCCAAUUUUCAAAGGGAUCAAGAUGGUGCCGCCAUUCGAUUGGUAGCAAGUUCUCAAGGACUAUCAAGGCGAACAAUGGAAAUUGAAGCAUAUCAUUAAAACCUCAGAAAUAUGUGGAUGGACAGAUUUAUGGCUUGAUGCAGAUUUUGAUUUCGUUUUGAUUCAUCCAGAUGCAACUUUUUUUCUUCGUUGCGGGGGGUGUCACAUUAAUGUGUUGUAUUAUGGAUAAUCGGCAAGUCAAAGUGAUCUCCUAUCUUGGAGGUGCCAAGCCGCUA